AUGGUUGACUUUGAGAAACAGAGCGAUGAGAGCGACUCCAAUUUGAAGUCUGUUGGCCACGGAAAUCAAACAGUUACAGUUAUUGAUUCCCAUACUUCAUUGCCCGGUGGAUUGUCACAGUAUCCGAGCACUGGCAACAAUGUUUCCAACAAAUACACUUCAGCACAGCAAGAUUUACCAGGGCGUGGAUUGUAUUCCACAUCAUCAGCAUCAUCAUCAUCAUCAUCGACCCAGUCGCACAAUUCCUAUACCAAUUUCAAUACAGAGAAACAACCUAUCCACAAACGUAUAAUUGAUUCCUUCAGACCCAUUAACCUUGAAGACCAAGGCUUUGGCGAUGAAGAGAUUGCCAAUAUGACACCCUUGGAACGAUCCAUUGUUGCAUCGGCGAGACAUCCGCUCGCAAGACGGUUAAAGACACGUCAUUUGACAAUGAUUGCCAUUGGAGGCUCAAUUGGAACCGGUCUUUUUGUUGGAUCGGGGUAUGCGUUGGCAAAUGGUGGUCCUGCAGCGGUAUUGAUUGGGUAUCUGAUUGUAGGAUACGCUUUGUUAACAGUUGUUAAUGCCUUGGGUGAAUUAUCGGUGCAGUUCCCAGUUAGUGGUUCUUUUAAUGCGUUUUUUUCAAGGUUUGUUGAUCCAUCAUGGGGUUUUACUUUGGCACUCAUGUACUACCUCAGUUGGGCCAUUUCCUACCCAUCGGAAUUGAUUGCGGCUGCAAUGACCAUUCAGUACUGGAAUACUUCAAUCUCUCCCGCAGUAUGGGUUGCAGUGAUUUGGGUCGUUGUUUCGGCAAUCAACUUCUUUGGAGUUAAAGGGUACGGUGAGGUUGAAUUUGGCUUAUCCAUAAUCAAAGUGUUGGCCGUGGUUGGAUUUUUAAUCUUGGGUGUUUGCAUCAUCUGUGGUGUUGGAGACCAAGGAUAUAUCGGUGCCAAAUUCUGGCAUAAUCCUGGCGCGUUUAAUCACGGCUUCAAAGGUGUUUGUAGUGUAUUCAUCUCGGCUGCGUUUUCCUUUGGUGGUAUUGAGCUUGUAGCUCUCGCUGCAGCAGAAACCAAAAACCCUAAAAAGUCCUUACCAGCUGCUGUGAAACAAACUUUUUGGCGUGUCGCUAUCUUCUAUCUCUUGACAAUGUUGAUAAUAGGAUUGUUGGUUCCAUACACUAAUGACGAUUUGAUGAAUGGUGAAGGUAUCGCAGCCUCUCCCUUUGUCAUUGCGCUUGAGUACGGAGGUAUCAGAGUUGUUAAUCAUAUUAUGAAUGCAGUCAUUGUUAUAGCAGUUAUAUCUGUUGGUAACUCAUCAGUCUAUGGCGCUUCUCGUACCUUGGCCUCAUUAGCUGCGCAAGGUUUGAUCCCAAACAUUUUUGGAUAUAUUGACAGAGAAGGAAGACCUUUAAUCGCCAUCAUUAUAACAUCUUUGAUUGGACUCUUGGGUUUUCUUGUUGUCAACAAGAAUGAGGAUGAAGUGUUUUCAUGGUUUUUUUCCUUGUGCUCAUUGGCAUCCUUUUUCAUUUGGGCAUUCAUCAAUUUGACUCACUUGAGAUGGCGAUAUGCUCUCGAGAGCCAGGGCAGAUCUACCGAUGAAAUCAUUUUCCGAUCGCCUUUUGGCACAUUUGGUUCAUGGACCGGGCUUGCAGUAUUGAUCUUCAUCAUUGGUGUUGAAAUAUGGAUCAGUGUUUUCCCAGUUGGAAGUCCAAGUGCGGAUGUUGUCACAUUCUGGAAAAAUUGCUUGUCGUUACCUCUAUUACUUGUGAUUUGGGCAUUACACAAGACUUAUUACCGCACAUGGAAUUUGCUCUGGAUAAAGUUACAAGACAUUGAUUUGGAUACAGGGCGACGCGAAAUUGACGUAGACCAACUACGUGAGGAAUUGGCUGAAGAGAGGGAAGUUUUGAGUGCUAAACCAUUUUAUUACAAAAUUUGGCACUUUUUCUGUUAA